ACGCUGAAAAGGAGCAACCCACAUGAGUUCAAUUUGUUUCUCCUCAAUUCAGGGUGUCAUCAUAGUAGUUGACAUAGUUUGAUAGAGUUGAUGGGCCUUAAUUUGGCAUAAUUUGCGCGAAAUCUAAUUAAAGUUGCUUCCUUUUUCUCACAUAUGAUCUGGGUUCAGUGCAAUUUAGUAGCUAAAACCAAGAUUAGGGUCUAAAGUUGUCUUCUUUUGCAUGGUUUUUCAUUUUCUUAGCAAUGAAACUCUAAUGAGUAAUUCUAUAAAAAUCUGUGUUCUUGUAGGCUGCAAGUGCAGUUGCAUCAGCCACAAUGACACCUUUAAAUGUGGAGGCCCCUCCUAAUAAGCUUCUCGAGUUAGUUGCUAAGCAGAAAAAGAUGAGAUGUUAAGAGGGGUUACUUCCACUGCAAUGUAUGAUUUGGGCACAUUGCUACCUGCAGCUUAUGGCUCAAUCCCAGCUCCCCGUGCUGCAUCUGUUGAUUUCAGCAAUUGAUCAUAUACCCUUAAAGAUGAUUGUAUAGCAUCACGCUUAAAGAAGUCAUGACAUAUCUCUUCUGUGAAAUCAGUGCUGCACAGGACACAAAGGGCUCAUCAAAAAAUUUUUCAAAGCAUGAAACACGGCAUCUUUCUGAGCACAAGAAUAUUGCCAGAUGUGCAAGAUUUAGUCCUGAUGGAAGAUUUGUAGCCACUGGAAGUGCAGACACAUCAAUUAAGCUCUUUGAGAUCUCAAAGAUCAAGCAGAUGAUGUUAUCAGAUGCAAGGGAUGGUCCUGUUCGACCAGUCAUACGGACGUUUUAUGACCAUAUACAACCAAUAAAUGAUCUGGACUUCCAUCCUCAAAAUACUGUUCUUAUAUCUGGAGCCAAAGAUCACACAAUAAAAUUCUUCGACUUUUCUAAAGCUACUGCAAAGAAAGCAUUCAGAGUUAUCCAGGAUACUCACAAUGUCCGUUCUGUGUCUUUUCAUCCUUCUGGGGAUUUCCUUCUUGCAGGAACCGAUCAUCAAAUUGCACACUUGUAUGAUGUUAAUACGUUUCAGUGCUAUCUGUCUGCUAAUGUCCCAGAAAUUGGAAUGAAUGGAGCCAUUAAUCAGGUGAGGUAUUCAUCUACUGGUGGCAUGUAUGUGACUGCAUCUAAAGAUGGUGCUAUUCGGUUGUGGGAUGGGGUAACUGCUAAUUGUAUUCGAUCUAUAGUUGGUGCACAUGGAACAGCAGAGUCCACCAGCGCAACGUUUACAAAGGAUCAACGGUUUGUUCUCUCUUGCGGGAAGGACUCUUCUAUUAAACUUUGGGAGGUUGGCAGUGGAAGAUUGGUCAAACAAUAUGUUGGAGCUACACAUACACAACUGAGGUGCCAGGCUGUUUUCAAUGAGACUGAAGAAUUUGUAAUAUCCAUAGAUGAACCAAGCAAUGAGAUUAUCAUCUGGGAUGCUCUAACAGCAGAGAAAGUGGCAAGAUGGCCGUCCAACCAUAACGGAGCACCCCGAUGGAUUGAGCACUCGCCGGUAGAGGCAGCCUUCAUUUCCUGUGGGACUGACAGGUCAGUCCGGUUCUGGAAGGACACUCGCUAAGUAGAUGGAAAGAGAUCAUUGCUUUCCAUAAAAUCCUCUUUAAAAUUAAGGCUUAGUUGUCCAGAUACGUUGAGCCAACUACUCUUUGAUUUAGAGCAUGUACCAAGGGAUCCAAGGCUAGUUUACAACGGCUUGUCGUUUCUCAUAAAAUGGGAUUAGAAUUUAAUAAUCCUACAAGGGGUACAUAAUUGCAGAGUAUAAUCAAAGAUAAAAUCAUUACUAUCUAUCUACAAAAUUGAUUUUGAUGCCA